CAUAAGUGCAAUAUAUUGAAAUAUUUUUAGGUCCUGAUAACCACUGACAGUUCAGGCCAGUUGUGGAAUGCCUGUGUCUGGGACCCCCAUUCUGGAACCUCAUUGUUAACCUACAAAGGGGGCAGCACUGGUUCCCGAUCCCUCUGUGUUCUGGGCAAGGAUUACUUGUUAGGGGCUGUAUGCAAUAAACCAUUAUUACAUAUAUGGCCACUUCAGAGAAAGGAGCAGAUACAGAUGAAGAUGGUAUGUGCAGGACCCGUGUCUUGUGUCACUGUCACAGCAGAUGGUGCAUACUGCAUUGCAGGAAUAGCUGAGAAGAUUCAUGUCUGGCAGGUAGCCACAGGUAAUCUUCUAUGUGUCCUCACUCAUCAUUACCAGAACCUUACCUGUCUCAGGUGCACAGAUGACGAUAGCUGCGUGGUGUCAGGUGGAGAGGAUAGCCUCGUCGUUGUUUGGUCAUUGCUGAGUGUGUUGUCCAGGACGUCUGAUCAGACAAUGACGCAGGAGCCACUGUAUGUGUGGACAGGUCACUCCUUACCCGUGACGGACAUCUAUGUCGGGGUUGGGGGACGGAGAGCCAGAGUUGUCUCCUCUUCUCUUGACCAGACAUGUAAGCUCUGGGACUUGAGUUCAGGGUCGUUGUUGUUGACAGUGAUGUUUGAUAGCAGUAUUACAUCAGUUGCCAUGGAUACUCCCGAGUACAGACUAUUUGCAGGCUCUAAUAGUGGGACUGUUUAUUCAGUCAAUCUCUUCUCACAGCCAGUAAAAACAGAGCGUCAUAUAUCAUCUUCAGAAGUGGACAAGAAUGUUACGCAGUUUCAAGGGCAUAGUAAACAAGUCACCUGUCUGGCUGUCUCAUUGGAUGGUAGUUUAUUGUUCUCGGGUUCACAUGACACCAAAGUCAAAGUGUGGGAUAUCUCCAGUGGUCAGUGCUUGAGGUCCAUAGAUCACAAAGGCGCUGUGACAAACAUAAUUUCAAUGCUUGCACCCAAUACUAUGUUCACUCACAACCACAAGCCCAGUCUUCCCAUACAACCAUUUAAACGACAUCUGUACACGGAGGAGACCAGGGGAGAGAACUCUGAUGGAACUGUUGGCAUGGACACAGUGGAUGUGAGGAUAUCACACACAGCCCAGCUUGAGGACCGAGUUAGAGUGACAAGUGAGGAAUGGAAACAGUUGCUUGCAGAGGAAAAGAUGAACACUGGGGAUGAAAUAAAUUUAGAGGAGAAAGUUUCAUUACUCAAGCAGGAAGUAGCCAAGUUGCAGAAAGUGAACAGAGAGCUUUAUGACUUCACCCUGAGUCAUCUGAAGAAGUCAAGUGUUACGUGACCUUCACGUGGACAUGAAAUGACAAAUCUAGAGCAUGUGUGAAGAGAGAGCUUUAUGACUUCGCCCUGGGUCAUCUAAAGAAGAAUAAAUCAAAUGUUACAUGUGCUUGAUCUUCACUCAAACAGCAAGUGGUUUUAGUUACUACAUAGAGUGAACAGAAAAUUUUACCUGAGUCAAUUGAAAUUUAAGUCUGAUCUCAUGUGAUCUUCUCUCGGGGCGAAGUUGACAAAGUUACAACUGGUAGGUAUGAAAAAUGUUCUCAAGUUACCUGAAGAUUAAGUUAAAAUGUUUUAAUAUUUGAUCUUCUUCACCUGAAGGAAGCUACCAUAUUAUGUCACCGGAAGAAUAAAUAAGUAACAGGCCAUGUAAUAAA